AGUCCUUUGUGCGUUCAAACACUCUGUAGAUAUCGUCAGAGAGCUCAACCACCAGUUUUCGUUCUCCAAAUGGGCCCCCGAGUUUAUGAAAUAUAAUCAUCUCGGUUUCCUGAGUAAAAUUACUGGCCCAGCUCUAUACAAAGAACCAUUGCCCUCCGCUCCCAUCGAGAUCCUGGAGCUGAGUCACGUAUACGGAUUCGCGCAUGCGAACGACCGAAACACAGUUUUCUUCACACACUCGCUCAAGCCCAGACUCUCGGCACUCACAACAACAUCCACAUACAUCCACUUUCUCUCCUCCAAGGUCUCCGUGACGGCUGCGAUUCCACCCAAGACAGCCGGCUCGGGCCCACGGGCGUUGGUAUCGUCGAUACCGCAGGACCACCACGCUCACUCACAGCUCAUCACGACGGCAUGCGUCCAUCCCGGAGGAACCAUCAUUGCCACUGCGUCGGGGCAAGAGAUACACAUUCGCGAGGACGGCGAGAUCUUGGGCAUUCUCGAAGCCCCGCUGACGGUGACGGGGAGCUCGCCAGGGGCGAUCGACGACUCGCCGAGAGAUGACCCAGAUGCCUGGAUCAGCGCAAUGACGUUUAUCAAGAAUGGUGUGAUUUUGGUCUGCGCAAUCAGCACAAAGCUCGGCACAUUGAUACACCUCUUUGACUGGCGGCGCAAGUCCCUUCCCAUUACAUCCUUCAUGGGACACAGCGAUACUAUCUUUCGGGUCAUUGCCAAUCCGUGGGCCAAGCGGGAGUUUGCGACGGUUGGGAUCAGCCACAUCAAGUGGUGGUCGUUUAUCGAGCCGCUGCUGGGAAAACUCCCCUGGGCAGACGGAAAGCCCCCGAUAGCAGAAGAAAGCACGCCGACCUUCUUCACAGGUAUCUUCAACAGCCACAAGCUGCUCAUCACGGGAUCUGUCUUUGGAGACAUUUACUUUUGGCAGAGAAACUCUAUCCAAGUCGUCUGUCGGCGCAUGCACAGGGGCCCCGUGUACGCCAUGGUCUCUGUUCCAGCCCCGUACUCGUUUCUGUCUGGCGGCGACGACGCCCGGGUGGUUGUUUGGAACGAGCACCUCCAGCCGGUCAAUGAAGUGUCGUUCGAGAGCAUCCCGCCCAUCCCGGGGCAGGUUCGGGCGAUCCGGUCGCUGGACAUUUGCUACUUUGAUUCGGAGGGCAAAGCGUCGGGCCUGCUCUCCCGGUCGGCGACCCGCAAGUUCAGUGUAGCUCCGCGGCGGUCAUCCAAGGUGCCGGCGAUCCCGGAUGAAAGCACGUCGUCGCUGUUCCCGAGCCUGUCGCGCACGUCGACCUUCAACCAGCCCCAGGGCAACGCCGGUCGAAAGCCGUCGAAUGUUCGGAACCCGCACCAAUUCCAGAGUGUCUCGGGACACUGCACGGACAAUCAAUGGGAAGUCUGGGGACUGGCCGCACAUCCUAUCGAGGCUACAAAGUUUAUCACUGUCGGAGAUGACGGCUGGGCCAAAGUGUGGAGCACUCAAGCCCAGUGUGUGGUCUUUCGAAGACACUUUCCCAACAAACUCAGGGCAUGCCACUACAAUCCCAACGGCUCGGUGGUGGCCAUAGGCACAGACGAUGGACUGAUUGUGGUGACAUCACCGGACCUGAAGCAAACUGAAAUCUCGAUCAAGCACCGCAAGGAUGCCAUCCACGACCUCAAGUACAGCCCAAACUCAAAGUACCUGGCUGCGGGCUGCCACGACAACUUUAUCGACAUCUAUGCGCUUGAGACACCAACGGGGUUUUAUCAAAGAAUCAUGUGCUGUCGGGGUCACUCAUGCUUCAUCACCCAUCUCGACUGGAGCGCUGACUCGAUCCGGCUGCAGUCCAACAGCGGCAACAACGAGAUCAUGUUUUGGACGAUCGACACGGAGCGAGCAUCCAAGGGAGGAACAGUGGCAUUCAAGGAUGUGAUUUGGGACACCACCAACUGCGUCCUCCAGUGGGCGACCAAAGGCGUCUAUGAGCUCCCAGCCAGCAGCGGACCAGGAAGCACCCAGAUGCAGCUGGGGCUACGAAUGGUCACGUCGUGCGAGCGACGCCGACGAAAUGAUGUCUUGCUUGUCGGAACCACUGUCGGAGAUGUGUUCCUCUUUCGGUACCCAGCCUGCACCCCCGCGCCCCAGUUCAAGAAGUUCCCUGGCCACGGCGGACCCAUAUCCAACUUGGUGCUUCUGCAGGACGGCACGACGGUCAUCAGUGUUGGAGCGGAAGACGGAUCGAUCUUCCAGUGGACUCUGGGAGGCUCGUGAUUCAAAUCGCGCUUCAACGCAUACCCAUCCGCGAAGAAGCACCAGCAACAGGAUCGAUGGCAUUUGACUCGGCCCGUGGUAUUGGGCAAUCGAGCAUGGACGCUCACUCUGCCAAAAGUAGAAGCAGUCGCCACGGUGGUAA